UACCAUGCCCCUUUUUACACAUUCUCUUACUUUUUCCAUCAGGUGUUUUCAUCUGGAAAGUUUAAUUAAUCAAAUGAGGUUUUCCAUUCUGAAGCUUGUCUACAUAUGUGAACACUGUUAUUUUGAACUUUAGGUUAAAAACUCCUUUUCUUUGUGAAUUUAGCAUCAUUUAGAUUUUUCUCUAAAUAAAGUUUUAAUUCAUUUGGUUGGUCCAGGUAUGCUCUGGCCCUUAUAGAAGAUGCAAUUCUGGUAUAAAUACUAAUAUAUUUAUUUCCUUCCAGUACAAAAUGAACCAGUUUUACCAGGACUUGAGUUCUCCCCAAUAUCUUCACAGUUAUAAUCUGCGUCAGAAAGUUAGGUACCCCUGGAAUCACAUUAAGACAAAUGAAUAUCAUCUGCUUCCCCUUCAGGGAAAAGAGUACCACUCCUCCAGCGAGGAAUCUACCAGAAUCUCCCAGGAAGAAUCCACUCAAGUAGUCCCAGAGAAAACUGAGCUGACUGAUGAAGAAAAGACUUACCUGAAACAGCUGGUGAAAAUCAACCAGUUUUAUCAGAAGUCCACCUUCCCCCAGUAUCCCCAGGCUCUUCAUCCACAGCAGGUAGCUGUGAAUGGCGUUCAGGAAAACACCUACCCGAUUAUUCCAAGUUUGAUUUGAGUGGAAAAAUCAUUUCUACAUAGGUUUCUAACCUACCAUAGAACGUCACAUUAAAUACAUUUUGACAUGCUUGCUGAAAAGGCAACAAUAAGAAGCCAAAAGGAGAUUGUGAGGGACAUUUUCUGUAUCGUUUGAACUCUUCCUUUCAGAUCAUGCUGGAUAUACCAGAUCUGGACUGUGCUAUCAUAUUCACCAUCUUAAUGAUUAACUGAAGUCUUUUCAGCACUUUUUCUGAGAUAUAAAACC